AUGUCGUCCUCAAGAACGCCUUUCCAGGACGCCGCCCUGGCGAUCGUCAAGGGCGCGGCCUGCGUCGCGCUCGGCUUGAAGACUGGAAGAACGACGCAGAACGUCAAAUUCUCUAAGGACUACAAGGCAGUGCUCACCCUCGGCCCCAUCGAGGCGAGCCCUUCUGCGACCGAAGUGGAGUUGCUUCAAACCCUGACUAGCCAGAAAAUCGAGGAAAACGCACCCUUCCGCGUGCUCACUGUCCCGCGCGAUGUCGCAGACCGCCUCUACAAGGAGUCGUACCUCGAUGAAUUUGGUAUCCCAGCCUCCGUCAAGAGUGUCCGCCUGGUCAUCCUUGACGAAUGGAAUAUCAAUGCGAACAUCCACCCAACGCUCAAGUCGACGGGCUUGAUCUCGGAUAUCAAGUUCGAGAGAUUCAUGUUCAUCGAAGAGAAGAAGCAGCUUUCCAUUUCCAUUCAGGUCGUGCCUGCCGUUGCUGCGGACGCCGCUGACCUCUGCGCAGAGGAGCAGAAUGUAAACGGCGAAGAACUCCCCUCGCUUUCGCAGGUCCUACCGCCCUCUGGGGUGGAGGAUGAGGAGGCUGGCUCGAGCGAAGGAAGCGACCAGACUGUGACCCCGUGGGAAGUGCAGGGCAGCGACGAGGGCAUCGACUACAACAAGCUCCUGAAGAAAUUCGGAUGCUCCGCUAUUACGCCUGAACUCGUUGCAAGAAUUGAGAAACUGACCGGCAAGCGCGCACAUCAUCUUCUGCGUCGCGGGAUUUUCUUUUCUCACCGCGACUUGAACCUUCUCCUGGAUGCCCUGGAGAAGCGUCAAAAUGCAGAGAAGCUGCAAGCGAGCAAGCGGGAGGACGGCAGUGCAGGCGAGGCCGCGAAGGGCGACAAAGAGAGUGAGGGACCAGCCUUCUACCUGUAUACAGGCCGCGGGCCUUCCUCGGAGGCGCUUCACAUUGGGCACCUUAUUCCGUUCAUGUUCACCAAGUAUCUUCAGGACACCUUCGACGUCCCGCUGGUCAUCCAGCUCACUGACGACGAGAAGUUCCUCUUCAAGGAGAACUUGACGCUCGAGGAGACUCACCGCCUGGCCUUCGAGAACGCAAAGGACAUCAUCGCCUGCGGCUUCGACCCCGACAAAACGUUCAUCUUCUCAGAUCUCUCUUACAUCCAGCACCUGUACCCGAUUAUUCUCGAGAUUCAGAAGAAGGUGACCUACAACCAAGUGCGCGGCCUUUUUGGCUUCUGCGAAAGCGACAACGUCGGCAAGUCCGCAUUCCCGGCAGUGCAGGCCGCGCCGUCCUUCCCCACAGCGUUCCCGAUGAUUUUUGGUGGCAAGAAAAACGUGCGCUGCCUCAUUCCUCAGGCAAUUGAUCAAGAUCCGUACUUCCGCAUGACGCGCGACGUCGCGCCGCGUCUGGGCCUGCUGAAACCCGCGCUGAUUCACUCGCGAUUCAUUCCCGCGCUGCAGGGCUUCCGCACGAAGAUGUCGGGAUCUGUGGAGACAUCAUCGAUCUUUGUCUCUGACACGCCCGAGCAAAUCAAGACGAAGGUCAACAAAUACGCCUUCUCAGGCGGUCAGGCGACUGAGGCCGAGCAGAGAGAGAAGGGCGCAAACCUGGAGAUCGACGUGCCCUACCAGUAUUUGACGUUCCUUCUUCCGGAUGAUGACCUCCUUGAGGAAGUUGGACGCAAGUACCAGAAGGGUGAGAUGUUGACUGGGCAGGUCAAGGCGAUUCUGAUCGAGGAGGUUCAGAAGCUGAUUAAAACCCACCAGGAGCGACGCGCGUUGGUCACCGACGACAUCGUUCGCCAGUUCAUGGAUCCCUUCCGACCGUGCUUCCAGAAGUACGCGCAGUAG